AACAAAGAGGAAAACAAUUUAGGACAAAACAUGCAAAAGAAGCAAGGCUUCAAGAACCUGGCUUGUGUAGGUUUGCAUAACUCUGUGCAAGUGUCUUGUAUUGGGGAUUCUUAAGUGCUAGCAGUCCAGAAGCACCACUCUAAUUCCAGUGCAGGCUGGUCUGGUGAGGGAGAUCAUCACUCACUGAUGCAGGGUGGCACUGGUCAGGAUACUCUGGUCUAACUGGGGUGACAGUAAGGGAAAGCAGGUGUAGAUUUGUCAUGCAGGAGGACCUUUAUACUUACAUUGAUGUAAUUACAAAACUGAGGCCUUAAAGGAGAAAUGCUGUACCUCAUAGUAAAGGCUAGCCUGGAGGGCACAGGGGUUUGUGUGGGUAGUAGCCCAAAAAGCCCCCUGCACAGCACCAAAAACAAGAGAAAAGGAUGUUCUGGGGAGGAAAGGGGGAGGGGAGGCUUUCUUCAGGGCUUUCUUGCUGAAGGAUAGGACUGCUGGUAUGUCAGGUCUUUUCUGAAUGUCAUUCAUCUGCCUUCCCUGGGUGAAUACAGGAGUCAGCUGUGGAGGGAUGAGUUUCUUGACAGUGUGGGGGAUUAAAAUCUCUGCUUGCAUAUGUCAGGAAUAUAAUACAGGUAUAGCAUUACGCUUAAGGUGGGUUCAAGUGUUUCUCAUCUGGUGCUGGUGAAAGGCUGCGCUCUCCUGCAAGUAAAGCCAGUCCACGUGAACUGCGUCAAUCCUUGCUCCUCCCAUCGCAUUCUGCCACAGCUGGGAGAGCUGAGAGGGGCACGCAGCUGCUGCGAAGGAGCGGAAUUUCUGCGCUGGAGAUAGAGCACACAGCUCUAUCAGUGUGGGAACGAGAUAAACACCACACGCGGCUGCCUGCCUGGGAUGCCGUGCGUUUCUUUGUUCCCGUUGAUGCUGGGGGCUGCUGGAGUGUUACUUUAACACAUCACCAAAAUGAGUGAAAAGGAAGAUCAAGCAGAUGUGGGUGAUUCAACAGUAAAUGCAGAAUAUGAGGAUGAUUUUGAAAAAGACACAGAAUGCCUAACUGAUGAAGAAGAAAAACAAAACCCUGAAGAAGAGAAACCUGAAGAAAGGGAAGAGGAUGUUGAAGCACAAGUUCCUAAAGCUGCAGACAGCUUUCAGGAAGGCAAUAAGGAAAUGGAAGAAAAACUAGAUCAGCCUUCAGAGGCAGAUGCAAAAGUUACAUACUCUGAUGAGGAACAUUUGGAAUCCAGGGGAGAUUCUGAACAGGAGCACCAUGAAUCUGGUACUGAGAGAGAAAGGUCUAUCCAGGAAUCCAAGCUGGAAAAUGAGCAGAAACUGGAUGAUGGAGAGGAUGAAGAAAUGAAGCAUUAUGUCUUGGAGAAGAUUGAAGGCGCCGACAAAGAGCUGGAAAAUCAGGCUCUUGUGGCUGAAAACAGAGAACGGAAAUUAAAAUUUAAGGACGAGGCAGCUCCUCAGGCUCCUCCUCCAGAAGAUGCUGAAGUUGGUAAAACUGACCUUGCAAGAGGAGAUGAUCUUUCAGUUGGGCUGUCUGCGAUGCAUAUUUCUGGUGACACAGGACAGAAAGGCACAUCACUCUCAGAACGUGCUGGCUCAGCUGUGGAAGUGACAGAUGAUAGAGUCCUAGUGGAAAAAGGUGGAAAGUUUGAACUCUUAAGUUUAUCUGAUAUUGAAAGCCAGGGAAUGUUGCUCCCUGUAAAUGUUUAUAUUCCGGAUACUGGAGAUCCACUCUCCAAUUCUUCGCCCCCUACCCUUCAAAUUAAAGAAUUGCCAUCAUCUGACUCUAAGGAGCAGCCAGAUUCUGCUUUGAAUGAUACAAGAGAUCUGGAAAAACAGAAGACUGAGUCUGCAAACGCAUCCAUGAAAAACUCCACUUACACUCUUACUCCCAGACAAAAAGAAUUAAGGAAGCAGAGAGAAAUAAGGAAUGAAAGACUGAGGAGAGAGGAAGAAGACAAGCAAAGGGAACUAGAAGACCUGAAGAGACAAGAGAAUGAAUUAGUUUUUAGAGCUUGGUUACAGAAGAAGAAAGUACAGAUACAAGAAGAAAAGCGAAUUCGUCGUGCAAAGCAGCUGGAAGAGAUGAGAAUGAAAGAGGUGAUCAGAGAUCCUGAAGAAGCCUACAGGUUAUGGCUUAAAAAAAAGCACCAACAAUAUGCGAAAGAAAGACGGAUUGAAUUUUUGAGACGUCAAGCUGAGGAAGUGCCCUUUAUUCCAAGGAGAGAGGAAUGUGACAAAGCUUUUAAAGACUGGCUGAGAAGGAAGAGAGAAGAGAAACAAGCAGCAGAACUGGCUGCUAAAGAGAGAGCCAGGCAGAUUAGAUUAGAAGCCAGAAGAGCAAGACAGAGGCGGAGCAUCCACUAUACUUAAUUCAGAGCCAAAAUCCUCUUUUUGGACCCUUCAUAGAUCAUUACAGUUUAAAAUUUGAUGUAACUACAGAGUUCUUGGUGACAAUCUUCCUAAUUUUUAAUGUUUGAGUUUUUGUCCUUUACAGCUACUGACUUUUUGUGGUGUUUUAAAAAUUUUCAAGCAAGUUUAACAAUUGCCUUCAUUGACAAUGAUUUUACUAUCUAUUUAUUUGUAGUCCAGUUGAAAAGCCUGCUUUAAUGGAUAACUCAGGGAUCUUUUUGGUUUAACCAAAUCUAAAUGAGUGCAAGAUGUAUAUAUGAGGGUAGCAAAUACACAUUCCCUUCUUUAAAAGGCACUUUAUACUCAUCUCCAUCAUGGAUUCCUGGAUGCAGGCUACUGUGUAAAAUGUUGAAAUUUUGGUGGAUUAAUAUUGCUGUUUGAUGCUGCUAGUGAUUAAGACUGUGCAAGGUGUUAUGUUGUUGGAAAAUGAUGUUUCUUGUACCAAUUCCUGUUGAUCUAUUGACCAGCUCUAGACCAGAGGACUGUGUUCUUUUAGGUUCCUGGAAAGUGUUCAUUGAGGACUAAUGUGUAGCUGAUUGUGCAACAGGUUUUGAAACUUAUUUCUGUGAGUCAUAUUCAAUAGUUUUCUAUUCCAUAGAAUUAAAAGCUUGUGCAAAUUAUGACCUUUUCCAAUAGUAAGGAAGAUAGGUUCCUUAUAUAAAUGUCAAUGUUUAAUAUAAUAAAUCUACCUAACUGCA